AUGAAGAAAGGCGUUUUGAUUCAGAUUGGGGUGUCUAUUCUUGUGGGCCUAGCCAAUUUCUCAAUGGGCUACACAGACGUAUGGCCAUCCUACGCCAUCCCCAUCUUCAAGUCAGCCAACUCACCCCUCUCGGGGGUGUUUACUAGGAACCAGGAGAGCCUCAUAGGUUCUAUACCGAUGCUGGGAAGCCUGCUCGGGACGAUAAUGAGUGGGAAAAUAGCGGAUAGUAUCGGUCGGAAGCGAGGGGAGAUCUUUUUUGGGUGUAUUAAUACUUUGGCAUGCACCCUCAUCUGCACAGCGAAGAGUUUCUACAUCCUCCUUGGUUCUCGGCUGCUGCUAGGAUUCGGCAAUGGCCUGAACGCUGGAAUAUUCUCCAUAUUCGCUGGAGAAUACAGUUCAGUUUCCAUCAGAGGCACCGUCAUAGCUUUAGCAGCCUUCGGCUAUUCAGCAGGAGUCUUAGUGUCGUAUAUUAUGGGAUGGUUGUUCAGUUAUCAAGUGGUCAAUUACUUUGUUUUGACCAUCAACGUCACUUUUACUAUUAGCAUGUGUUUCAUGAAAGAGACUCCGAUUUACUUGUUGAAGGUUGGGAAGGAAAAGGAGGCCCUUAACUCGUUGAAAUUUUAUAGGGGAACAAAAAUAACUACUCAAGAAGUCAUUGAUGAGUUUGCUGAUAUCAAGAGCCUAGUGGAAACCCCAAAACAACAAGAAAUGAAAAUCUUUUCAGAUAUUGAUAACAACAAUGAAGAUCCUGAAAAGGAGAAGCUUCGCCAUGCUACUGAUGAAGCCUAUGUGAAACCAUCCAACAGAAGCGCGUGGAAAGCAUUGUUAUCAUCAAAAUCGUCUCUUCGUGCCCUGUUCACGAUAUCUCUGCUGAUAUGCUUGGCAGUCUGCAUGGGGAUGGUGACAAUACUCACGUAUGCCGGUACUUUGUUCUCGAAGGCCGUUCCAAAUCUGUCACCAGACCUGUGUGCUAUAGCGUUGGCGGUUGCUAACAUCACUGGCAGCGGUCUGCCCAUCGUCAUGAGUGACUGGGUUGGUAGAAGGAUCCUCAUGAUAACCUCCAGUGUCCUCGUCUCCUGUUGCCUGGUAACCCUGGGGGUGCUUAUCCGAUGGCCGCUGGCUCCAGACUGGAUGAUCCCGGUGGUCGUCCUGAUGUACUGCUUCUGCUACCAGCUCGGCAGCGGCUCUGUGCCCUAUAUGUUGAACUCGGAAUGCUAUGUGCCAGAAGUGAAAUCCCUCUGCAUAGUCCUGUCUAUGUCAGUGAUGUUCAUAUCCAACUUUAUAAUGCUGGCAGCCUACACUGCAACGGUGGACCUUCUGGGUCUAGACGGUACCUUCUUCCUCUAUGCUACUGUAGCUACAGCAUCAGCUGUAGUCUCCUAUCUGAUAGUGCCAGAAACUUCUGGAAUAACCACCGAAGCUAUACAGGAGAAGUUCGCAAGAGGCUUCUUACAGUACCGAGUUUUGGUAAAGGAAUAAAUUUAUUUAAGAUUAUUAUUUUUA